CGGCGAGUCAAUCGUAUUGUACAACAUACAUACAUACGAGUGCGCGUGUGUAUGCUCGUAAUUUUUUUGAGAAUUUAAAAGCGUUCUUAGUAAUAUUUUUGGACCUCAGCAUCUGCGUUAAACAUUAACUAGCCAAAUUGUUAAAUAUCACAUGAGCCGAGCUUUUUAACUGCUCAAAAUAUGGAUAUGGAGGCUGAAAAAGGCGAAGCGUUCAGCAAGGAACCAGAUGGUGACGCGGUUCCGACAUCGGAUACAAACUCGAAAACUAUUCAAGACAAUGAAGUUGAUUCAACGUGCAUUGUGGAGGAAUCGGCCAUUAUGCCACCUAGCGAGCCAGUAGAAGAAAAACCUAGAUCUCCGCGCACAAGCAGUCGUUCACCUAGCGCAACACGAAAAUCGCGUAGCCGUAGCGGCAGUGUAAUUGACAGCUCGCGACGCUCUCGUAGUCGUUCUGAAUCCAGACGGUCGCGUAGUGGAUCUGGUCAACGUUCACGAAGUGGCUCCCGACGCUCCCGUAGUGGGUCUGGAUCCAGGCGUUCGCGUAGUGGAUCUGCACGUUCGCGAAGUGGCACACGCUCUCGUAGUGGAUCUAGACGUUCACGCAGUGGAUCAAAACGAUCUCGCAGCGGAUCAGGUGGACGCUCGCGCUCUCGCAGUGGAUCCAGACGCUCACGCAGUGGCUCAAGACGUUCUCGUAGCGGAUCCAAACGUUCUCGUAGCGGAUCCAGACGCUCCCGUAGUGGAUCUGGAUCUAAGCGCUCACGAAGUGGAUCUGUGCGCUCACGUAGUGGAUCUAGGCGUUCACGUAGUGGAUCGAGGCACUCACGUAGCGGAUCGAGGCACUCUCGAAGUGGCUCUAGGCGCUCGCGCAGCGGAUCGGGCGGACGUUCCCGAAGUGGAUCUAGACGCUCGCGUAGUGGAUCUGGAUCUAGACGCUCACGCAGCGGCUCCAGGCGUUCACGAAGCGGAUCCAGGCGAUCACGCAGUGGAUCUGGGUCCAGACGAUCACGCAGUGGAUCUGGAUCCAGACGAUCACGGAGUCGCUCAGGAGGUCGUUCCCGGAGUGGAUCAAGACGCUCGCGCAGUGGUUCAAGACGCUCCCGUAGCGGCUCGAGGCGUUCUCGUAGCGGUUCUGGCUCUAGACGCUCACGAAGUGGAUCGCGUUCUCGAAGUGGUUCCAGACGAUCACGUAGUGGCUCAAGAGCCUCCCGUGCCGGCUCAGUGCGCUCUCGCAGCCGCUCCAACAGCGCUGGCUCCACACAUAGUCCUAGUAAAUCGAAAAAGAAGUCCCGAUCGCGCUCAAAUAGUAUUGCCGAGUCUGUUACCUCACAAGAUGCACUGAAUCGCAAACGUGCUGCAACGAGUGACUCAGAAGAUGACACACCAAAGCUACAGAAAAAACGUGUUAAAAUCACAGACACAGAUAACGAGGAUGAAGACAAUACGGAUAAACAGGCCACCGAUGCGGACGAUGAGGAAAAAACAAAGGAAAAAAUUGUCAAAAGUUCAGAUGAUGAAAACACGCCCAUUUCAAAUGAACCAGAGAACAGCAACUUUAUAUCCGACUUCGAUGCAAUGCUGCUGCGUAAAAAGGAAGAGAAACGCGUGCGUCGCCGCAAGGGAGAUAUCGAUCUGAUAAAUGACAAUGACGAUCUAAUCGAUCAAUUGAUUAUAAACAUGAAGAAUGCAUCUGACGAUGAUCGACAGCUGAAUCUGGCUGGUAAGCCGGCAACAAAGAAAAUUUCAAUGCUCAAGCAAGUGAUGUCACAGCUGAUUAAAAAGGAUCUACAAUUGGCCUUUUUGGAGCACAAUAUACUCAACGUACUUACAGAUUGGUUAGCCCCAUUGCCAAAUAAAAGCCUGCCUUGUCUACAAAUACGGGAGAGCAUACUAAGGCUGUUAUCCGAUUUCCCGACCAUAGAUAAGUCCUAUUUAAAGCAGUCUGGAAUCGGAAAAGCUGUUAUGUACUUGUACAAGCAUCCACAAGAGACAAAGACAAAUCGCGAUCGUGCGGGUCGCUUGAUAUCCGAGUGGGCUCGGCCCAUAUUUAAUUUAAGCUGUGAUUUCUCAGCCAUGAGCAAAGAGGAACGUCAAGAGCGUGAUCUAGCGCAAAUGUCCCGCAAUCGCCAUAAGAGCCCAGAUCCAGAGCCCGCAUCAAGCAGCAAUCCACCAUCGUUAAAUCAAACAUUCUCAAGUGAGGAUAAAUUGCUUCGUCCUGGAGAUCCCGGUUGGGUGGCCCGCGCCCGUGUACCAAUGCCUUCCAAUAAAGAUUAUGUUAUUCGCCCAAAGUCAACCGUAGAAGGCGAAGUUUCGUCCUCAAAGCGCAAGCCCAACCGCUAUGAAAAACAUAUGAAACGCUUCUUGGAUUCGAAACGCUCGAAGGAGAGCCGUCGUGCCGUCGAAAUAUCUAUAGAGGGCCGCAAAAUGGCGCUUUAAGGAUAGGAUACCACUAGCUACACACAUUUUAUAUACAGCAUUCAAAUCAACUGAACAAACCGAAAUAUAUAUAUAUAUAUAUAUAUAUAUAUAUAG